AUGGGUUCGUUGGCUGCUUGUUCUCUUCAAGCGAAUACAGAAUUCCCCCAUACCAAAAUUCUGCCCCAUACUCUCUGCUGCAAGUCUAUCAAACCCUCAUUCCUCAAUUCUCACUAUAUUCAAAAGCCGCUUACACUUCCAUUCAAAUUCCUCUCCUCCAGAAGUUCCUCGAACUCGAACCUCCGCAGACUCUCCUCUCACUCAACCUCUCUCACCUUACCCUUCUCUAAACUUUCACAUAGUUACUCUGCUUUCCAACCCAAUAAAAAUUUAUCAAGAUUUUUGAUAGAAAAAAUACUGGGUUUUGUUAUAGGGUCAGUUUUCUUUGUUGGAUGCUUCAAUGUAAGAGCAGCUGUAGCACUGCCUGCUCAAACAAGCAGUUCCAGUGCAAACUUUGAGGAGAAGAGAGAGACCCAGAAAGGGAAAAGUGAGGAUGAGGAAAUGUAUGAGAAGAUUUUGGAGGAGGACCCAACAAAUGUUGGGGCUUUGAAGGUGGUUUUGUAUGGGGCAAUGAGGAGAGGGAACACAAAACAGGCUGUGAAUUAUGUGGAGAAGUUGAUUGAUGUGGAGCCAGAUGAGGUCGAGUGGAGGCUUUUGAUGGCGCUUUGUUAUGAGAUCAUGGGGCAACUGAGUACUGCUAAAAGAUUGUUUCAGGAAAUCUUGGAGGAGAGGCCUCUUUUGCUCAGAGCUUUGCAUGGUCUGGCAUUGGUUAUGCACAAAAAUCAUGAAGGUCCAGCUGUUUUUGUGAUGCUUAAUAAGGCUUUAGAUAUUGCACAGCGGGAAAAAAGAGUCAUUGAGGAGAGGAAUAUAAGAAUUCUGAUUGCACAGAUGCAUGUUGUGAAGGGAGAAUUGGAAGAAGGCUUGAAUAAAUUUCAAGAUUUGGUCAAAGCGGAUCCUCGAGAUUUUCGACCUUAUCUAUGCCAGGGAAUUAUCUACAGUCUACUGGAUCAAAAGAAGGAAGCUGCAGAACAGUUUGAAACAUAUCGAGCUCUUGCACCUGAAGAAUUUCCACAAAGGGGAUUUCUUGAUGAUAUUGUGUUGGCAGCCAAAACCAAAUCUGGUAAACAGUUUCAGAAGGAGUUUGAUGCUGAGUUCUCAAACCGGAAGUAA